AUGCUAGAACAUGAUGAGUCUAAUGAUGACACUUCCAGUUCUAUGCUGAUGUCUAUAUCUAACAUCAAUGAUAUGAUAAUCAUGUCAGCAGCAGAUCUUAGAGCACUCUACUUAAAACAACUAGCCUGUGACUAUCAGAAGAAGAUGCAGGUCUCAUUGAAUACUAAGUCCAUCAUCAUAUUUGAUAGAAUCAAUCAUCAAGCAUGGAAGAUUAGCAUUUUAUCAGAUGCAGAAGUGAUUAAUGAUGUAGAUAUUUUAAACAAGAAUCAACAUGAGUCUUCUAAAGACUUAUCAUCACUUGAUCAAUAA